AUGGGUGAGAUUUCUGAUUUCUGUUCUCCGUAAAGUGUCGUGUGUCGUGUGCAUACACUGUGCCGCUCUCGCGCAAAAAUACAGCUUGUAUGUUGUAUGUAGACCUCUGGCAAUGCGCCUUCGAUAUGCCCUGGUAUUUGAGCUCUUAGAGCCGAAAUCUCUGUCGUUCCCAUGACGUCACUCAGGAUCGGCGAAGGUUUUAACUCCGCCCACCGUCUUUUUGGAUUCGCGUUUUCUUCCCCUAACAAAAACACCGUGAAACAGAAUAAGGGGCUAACUGAACGUGGCUCAUUCUGCGAGAGCGCUUGAAAUUGUAUUGAAUCUCUUCACUUUUUAUAGCGUAUUAUAAUAAUGUUUCCAGCAUGGUCUCCUGGUACAAAGAUCGCAGUCCUCCUGUACACCGCAAUCAUCUUCUUUGGAGUCGAAGCCGUUGGUCUGUUUCAACUUCUUUCGAAAACCACUUUGAUUUUUUUUUUUUGCAAAGUUCUUUUCUGGAUGUCCCAUUACACUUACCUUGAAGGUUUCUCGGAUGGGUGGCUAUUAACACGCUGUCUCCGUUAUUCUCAAAAAUUUGUAAAAGCAACGGGUACAAUAAAAAAAAUAUUUUUUGAUUCCGACGAAACUUCAUCCAGUGGGAUAACCCAUCAUCAGAAAUGCGGACCCAACUUUUUGAGCCAUUUCCUCUUACUGUAGCCGGGUUACGGUAGGCAGGUAGGCACCUGCGUAUCUCAGUAUUGAAGAAUUUUUAGUAGACAAGCGAUAUAUCAAUCGAUAGGUAAUCCAAUUUUAAGAACUUUUACAGUACAUAUCAUCUUGGGUUACGGUAGGAAAAUUUUUGAGUUACGGUACUUUUUUUGUGUCUUCCGAGUCAGUUCUUCGGCCACCACAAGCUUGAGCCGGGAGAUCCAUUCUUCCUAACUUCUCAAAAAGAUACCUUAUGAGAAGCUGUACAAGCUAUUACUAGUUUGAAAAAAUCCUAGGUGGACCAUCAUUUCGAAAAAUCGCCCCGAAGGCGCGCAAUCGUGGUCUUGCGGCAGCCAAAUGGGUGAAGUCCCUGAUGCCUGACGGCUCAUUUUUUACAGAUCCAUUCUAAAUGUUGUUUCCAUUUUACUCAUACAUGUCUAUUAUUGAUUUUUUUAUUUCAAUUUUUAGAUGUUUUUCGGGUUGACCAUCAUCUCGAAAUUUCAUUUUGAACCCAAAUUUGGCCUAAAAAUGGCCGACUCGGCUUUUUUUCACGGGAUCCCUGACUCCGUAUGUGACCGUUCUCAACUUUUUUUCUUCCUUAAAAAAAUGAACAAAAGUGUCUGAACAAUAGUUGUACUACGAUCGGAAAUUAUUUUUGAGAGGACCAUCAUCUCGAAAUCUCAUUUUUGAACCCAAAUUUGGCUUGAAAACUUUUUGGUUUACCCUUCUAAUAAGAUUAUUGGUUCCAUCAAUACAGAUCUUGGCCCUUUUCACUUUUUUUAAAGAGAAUAUAAACCUGAGAACUGAAAAUAAAUUCUAUUUUUGGAUCAAUUCCAAAAAUGACUGUUUACCUGGGAAACCCACUUUUUAAAUAAAAAUUUCGCUUGAAAAUCGAAAUAUUUUGGUUUCUUUUUCACAAAAAAAUAGUCACAAGACGAAUGUCUUGUUUUUUUAGGUAUGAAAAAGUCUGAAGAUUCAAAACUACUAUUUAGGUUAUAAUAAAAAAAACAUUUAUAAAACAUCAGCUUGAAAGUUAAGUUUCAACCUCACCGGUGGUCAGAGUGUCGGGUUUUUUCUUUUUCUUCCCGUGAAAAAAGCCGAGUCGGCCAUUUUAGGCCAAAUUUGGGUUCAAAAUGAGAUUUCGAGAUGAUGGUCCUCUCAAAAUAAGUUCCGAUCGUUAUACAACUAUUGUUCAGACACUUUUGUUCAUUUUUAAAGAAGAAAAAAAGUUGAGAACGGUCACAUACGGGGUCAGGGAUCCCGUGAAAAAAGCCGAGUCGGUCAUUUUAGGCCAAAUUUGGGUUCAAAAUGAGAUUUCGAGAUGAUGGUCCUCUCAAAAUAUUUUCCGAUCGUUAUAAAACUAUUUUUCAGACACUUUUGUUCAUUUUUAAGGAAGAAAAAAGUUGAUAACGGUCACAUACGGGGUCAGGGAUCCCGUGAAAAAAGCCGAGUCGGCCAUUUUAGGCCAAAUUUGAGUUCAAAAUGAGAUUUCGAGAUGAUGGUCAACCUGAAAUCAUCUCAAGUGGUAAUAAAAACCAUUAAUAGAUAUCUAUAAGUGAAAUGGAAACAAAGUUUAGAAUGGAUCUGUGAAGAAUGAGCCGUCAGGCGUCAUGGACUUCCCCCAUUUGGCCGCCGCAAGACCACGAUUGCGCGCCUUCGGGGAGAUUUUUCGAAAUGAUGGUCCACCUAGGAUUUCUUCGAACUUAUACCAGCUUGUACAGCUUCUCAUAAGGUAUCUUUUGAAAAAGCUAGGAAGAAUGGAUCUCCCGGCUCAAGCUCGUGGUGGUCGAAAAACUAACUCGACAGACGCAAAAAAAGUGCCGUAACUCAAAAAUUUUUCCCACAGUAACCCAAGAUGGUAUGUACUGUAAAAGUUUUUCAAAAAUAGGAUUACCUAUCGAUUUAUAUAUCAUUUGUCUACUAAAAAAACUCUUCAAUGCUGAGAUACGCAGGUGCCUACCUGGCUACCGUAACCCGGCUACAGUAAGAGGAAAUGACUCAAAAAAAGUUGGGUCCGCAUUUCUGAUGAUUGGCUAUCACACUGGAUGAAGUUUCAUCAAAAUCAAAAAAAUAUUUUUUUAUUGUACCCGUUGUUUUUUUGAGAAUAACGGAGACAGCGUGUUAAGUUGGGUUGGGCCACGUUUAUUUCAUUGACAACAUUAAAGAAACACGGAUAAACUUUUCUCUCAGAAAAACGAACAAAUGCGAAAAUUGUUUGGUACCACCUAGGCUCUUCCUGCUAUCGUAUAUAGUAAACAACCUCUCUAAUAAUUGAAACAAGGUUUUAUCGGGCUCCGCCCACUUUCAGGUUUACAGUAGAAAAACACCAUGAAAACCAAACUUUUUCCUAGUCCAAACCCAUUUUUUAAAAAUUAAACCACAUUCUUAUCUUGCACUAGACAGGCUUUUUGAUCUUAGGACGAAAUACAAUUUUCAGAAUAUCUCGAAAAUUUGAUUGGGAAAAAUUAAAUGGUUUUUUUGAGGGUAAGGUUGAUUUUAAGAGAGAAAGCGUUUUCAUAUUCAGUUUAUUUUUCAUGUUCAGUUUAUUUUUCGAAAUGAGCUUUUUCCAGAUAUUUGCUGCAAAAGAGCUGUUCUCAGCUAUGCGACUGGUACUGCCAUUCCGCCUGAGUGCGGGAAAUCCAAAUGCUUCGAAGCGUCCAUCCACAUCGAAAAGCCGGGUACUGAAAGUGCACCGUUGCUCGGCUUCUUCCCCUUGACAACAAAAACCAGCACUCUCACCAUCAUCGGCAACAAGGAUGCUGGGUCUAUCAUGUUCGCAAGUCUUGUGGAAGUUGUCCACAAAGGGCCGGGUCAGUUUUUCAUCAUAAUAUUCAUCACUUCAUGGGUUUUUUUAAAUCUUAUUUCCAUCAUUUGUCUUUCUUCUAACACUGACUUUCGCCUAGAAUCUGAAAAAAAAAGUUCAAAUAGCAACUAUUUGAAGCUUGAGGUUCUGGUUUAAGGUCCGGCAAUAUACUUGGAUGAUGCCGAUUUGCACGAUUCUUCAUUUUCGAGCUUCCAAAAGAUCACGGUUGAUGAAAUAGAACCCUACUGUCUCAAGAGCGACCUCGUCGUUGUGAAAGGAAGCUCGAAAGCAAUCUGGAGAGAACGACUGGAGAGUGUCGCCAACAAAGUAUGUCGCUUGAAUGUCCAUCCCUUCUGAGAGACUUUUCAACCUUAUAAGAAAUUUUGCAAUGCUAUCGUCUAUUUAAUAGUCGCAACAUGUCUUUUGAAAUGGAAAAAAUAAAACUUUCACUUUUACAAUGGAAAAAAUUUGCUUCUUGAGGCUUCCCACAAUUUUUAAAUUCAGCUGCUCCUAUGUAUUUUUCCAACUCUUUUUUUCCAACUCUUUUUCAUUUCCUUUUUCAGACGCUUUUGAAAUGCUCAACGCUGACAUCGACAGUUGCGGCCACGACUACAGCUCUCACGACAACAACGACGAAAAAGGCCACAACGACGGUUGGCAACCGAAACGACGUCUGCUCAUUCUGCCACCGGCACUCCGGUGAUUUGCGCCCCGGCUCAGAACAACGCCAAGGCCGGCGCUGCGGUUGACGAAGACAAGAUAUGUCCUACCAACUGUGAGUUUCCCAAAAUAAGUCCUUCAAUAAAAGAAGUCGCAUUUCCGUGGAAAGUCAUUUGUACUUUGCGCAAAAAAGGUUUGCUUAGUUUCACAUUGAAAUUCGCAUGAAAGGGUGUUUUUUCGGUAUGCUUCUGAUUGAAUCGGAGAAGUUUGAGAAAUUGGAAACUUUGUUUCAUUUCUCGAUAAAGUGACUCUCAAACAACAACUUGAAGAGCCGAGCUGAAAUUGAGAAAAAAAGUCUUUUUUGGCGUCUUGAGCGUUUCGCGGGGUGUUCCGUUCCAUCAGCAACUCUGUGGAUAAAUAUCUUUACACGGAUAUUUUCAGCCUUUCAUAGUGAUGGUUCUUAAGAAAACGUGCAUAAUAAUCGGAGUUCAGCAGACGUUCCAAAUUACAGAUAUUUUGAUCGUCGUAGCAGUGGUCGCCCUUCUGAUAAUGAUUGUGGGCCUCGUGAUCGUCUACAUUUGGGCAUCGAGAUUGGCUGCCUUGAGAAAAGAGCAGGAAAAGAGAGUACAAGUUGCAGAAACUUCUCUCGCCUCGAUCAGUUAAUAUUUUGGAAUUUUUUUAUUGAAUUGAGCAUUCUUUCUAGUCAGCUUUCUAGGAACAAAAUUGAGUUCAGAAGAUUUGAAUGAUUUAAUUCAACAUUUUAACCACAGCUAAGCUUCAAAAUUGGUUUUCAACAGAAUUAGGAGAGUUUUUUUCGUUUAAAUACACCUAAAAAAAGGAAAAAGUUUCUAGUUUUCGAGAUAUCAUGGCUCAAAACCAAAAAUGGCUCUUUUAAUUCUUGACCUUUGCGGAAGUAAAAAAAAUUGACUGAACUUUGAAAAAUCCAAGGAGCUUUAGGAGACAUUAAAAUAGCCCCCAAAAAUUAUUUUUUUACAGGCAUCAAGCUGGAAAAAAAGGUCAGAAAAAGAGUGAAAAAGAGGCUAAUUUUUAGCAUUAGCUUAUCCAAAAAAAUAGUCUUGAAAAACCAAAAAAAUAUUUCUUGACCUUUGCGGAAGAUAAAUAAAAUCGAAUUUUUUUGAAAAAAAUUCAAGAAAAAAAUCUUCAAACUUCGAGGGAAAAUAUUUUUUUAAAAAGAAAUUAGACCUUGAUUUUUGAUUUAAGGCGGGGGGAUUUAUAUUUAAAACUCGCGGGUGUCGGAGAAGUCUCCAAAUUUCCCAGGUUGUAUUUUUAAAAAAAGUUUUGAAAACGAAAAAAAUGAUAUUAAAGAGAAAAAGGCCAGUAUUUCAUACAAUUUUUUGACUUUUUUCCAGUUUAUUUCAUACUAAAAAAAGCUCAAGCUCUAGUUCAGGGAAAAAAAUUUUCAAUGAAAACAUAAACUUGACUUUUUAAAAUUGAUUUUUCAAAAAAAUCCCAGGCGCCUUGGAGACAUUAGAAUAGUCCUCUCUGUGAUUUUUCUUCAAUUUUUUUUCGCUCCAAACAAAAAUCAAUAUAAGGAUAAUUUAUUCACAAGUCCAUACACGUAGGAAUACAUUCUGAGAUCAAAUAUGACGUUUUUGGAAGAUUUCCCGAGGAAAUCAGCAUCCCCAGACGGCGGCGGUAUUGCCGCAGGAAGCGUAGAAACCGUCCGCACUUUUGAAGGGCGAAUAGGAAUAUCCGUUGGAUUGUUGGUAGGAUCCCAGGGCGUAGUUAUAGGCUGGAUACGGGUUGAUAGGCGCAGAGUUGACGUAGGGGCUCUGGUAGGACGAGUAGGGAUAUCCGUAGUUCUGACUGGUCUCCUUGGCUUUGAGGCUUUCUCAAAAACUGGGAAGUUGAGCACGCUUUUUUCUGACCAAGCCGCCAAGUAAAAUUAUCUACCUCACGAGUAUGAAACAAUUUUUGUUCGACUUUUGAUUCAAAUUCUCGAGCUAAUCUUCUGAUUUGAGGCUCGUAUGCAACGCAGCUCAUCUGCACAAUAAUCGCAAUGGAGGUGGAACAGGACCAAAAAAUCAGUCAGUUUCCUCAGUUUUUGGCGAGUUUCAUUUGAGAUUUCAGUUGAACUGAUCCCACGCUUUAUACGUCAGUCGAAGGUCAAAAGUCUCAGUACGUUGAUUUUUAUUCUGUUUUCAGAGAAGUUGAAGAAUUGAAGUAUUAUUUUCCUACGGAUAAUAUCUAAUUUCGCGAGGAUCAAGCUCAAAGAUAAAUGAAAAAAAGAUUGUCUUCCUAAGUUUGUUCCAAGGCUCCUCUGCUAGACAGAUCAAAAUUCUCUCAAGAAAUUUAAGCAGUAAAAUUGAGUUUUUGGAAGAACAGACCGAAAUGCAUCUCUCAAAUAGUUAAGCCGAAGUAAAUAUGCUCCUUGAAGCGAAAAAAAAAUGCAGCUCUCAAAAAGUCAAAGAAAACUAACAACGAGGCGUGAUCUGUUUUAAUUUCGGUUUUCAGGCAAUCAACUGAAAGUUUGGCACCAAAUGAGCAUCUCACAGUUGGCCAAGUUCAAGACGAAACGAACUUGUCAAUCUCGAGGUUGACUUCAAGUACAACCUGUUGAAACGCUGCAAGGACGACUUUCCGGCCAAAGCCAAGAGUCUGGAGGAUAAUCCAGAGUUCGUGGAAGCUCUUGAGAAGCUGGAGAUCGUGAAAAAAGCUCACGUCGCCGGCAAAGAGUUCACAGCACCGAAAGACACCAAGGCCGUCUCAGACUUCCGCCGAAAGAAUCCCACAGAGGAUAUGACCGUAAUAGCGAAGAAGUGUAGGACUAUCGAGAAGUUUCCCGUGCUUCUGAAGAAAAUGAAAAUUAAUGCCGAAAAACCCUGGGAAGGGUACAAGAAAGCGGCGGAAGCGGCGAAAGAGUCUGAAGAAAAGCCGAGGAAAAAGGCCGGCGAGGAUACGCCUCUCAGUAAGUACAGCAACACCGCAUCGAAAGCUGAGCCGAAGAAGGAGGAGCCUAAAAAAGUCGCGCCAAAAGUUGAAGAAAAUAAAAUUGAAGCGCCAAAGGUUGAACCGAUGCCUCAAGAGACGCCGCUGAAACGAGUCGAGAGGAAAGACUGCAAGCCGCUUAGAACGACUCCGAACUCCUCAAAGUACUUAGCUCAGGGUGAUCUCCAAUCGAAAGUUGUCCGUGAGUUUUCCUGCAUUUGUGUUUUUCAGCUUUAGAGAAAAACGAAGAAAUUUGUUUGAUAAUGAAAAAAUCUUUGACCAAGUAUCUGGAUUAGUCGGAACCCUUUCGGAAUUUUUUCGAUGAUUUUUUCGGGAUAUGAAAAAGGAGAUUCAAAACUUGAAAAAAAAUUGAAAUCCCCUUGGGGUUCAAUUUGAAGUCUCCUUCCAAUUCUUGAGUUUUAGUUUUUUGUUUUAAUUCUGAGUCCAGUUAUGAAGCCUGGAAGAUCUUUGAAAUUUGCAUUAGUUUCCAGUUUUUAAAAUCUUACAAUUUUUCGAAUGCCGUUAUGAAGUCGAUUAAAAUAACGAAUCGGAAAAAUAGUGGAUCUGUUUUGAAUUGGAAUGAACAUCUCUUUAUAAAUUUUAGCACGUUUUCACUAUUUUUUUUUUCGCUUCACGAUGAAAAUAAAGUUUUUUGCAGGGGAUGGUUUCACCGUUUUCACGUUGAUGUGUGACCAGUUCGAGAAUUUUUUCGCCGUUCACAGGAAAGGUGAACAAAAAGUCGCAACUUGAAGGAAAUCCGUUCUUCGUCUUCAGUUCUGGUCAUACUCAACGAAUCGGCACAACAGGCGGCUGCCGUUUUCGACAGAGAGAUCUAUGACACCGUUGGUGUUGAUCUUCAAGUCCCGAAGUCAGAAAGAAUGCCGAAGAAAACGGAAAAUCAAAAGGCGACAGAUGUGGAUCCUUACAACGAAGAGUUAGGAUUUUGGAGUGAGAUUCGAUGUGCAAGGGCGAAAUGACCACGUUUUCCUCUGUUCCAGAGUUUUUCGAGAACCUGGUGCAGCUCCGCCAAAAAUGUGAUCCCAAGGACAAGGAGCUCCUCAAAUUGAUGGAAGAGCAAGAACGAAUCCGCGCGUUGCGUUUGCAUUCCGCUGCGAAGAACUACUUCUAUUUCCACAACAGUGAGUUUCGCCUUUUUCGAACGCGAGUUCCAGUAGAGGGCUAGAAAAAUUAGCCUUACGGUCCAAGCGGACGAAAAUAACUUCUUUGAAAGAAAAAAGGCUUGUAAAUUUUUACCUCCAAUUAACUUGCUGUGUCACUGGCGACAUCCAAAGAAAUUGCAAAAUCGGUUUUUUUAAAAAUUCAUUUUACCCCUUUUUCCAGUGAACUUGACGUGCUGAAAACGAAGAAAUUCAGACUUCUGAACAUUUUUUUGUGAUUUUUCUUGAAUCAAAGCCUCUUCGUCUCAAAACGAUCGUUUUCAGGAACGACGAGCCUCAACCAAAUAAUCCUGCCGGGCGAGACACCCCUCGCAAUGAGAAAACGCCAUUUGAGUUGAGAUUUGGUCAUUUCCAAAGUUGAUGGAAUGUUUCCAGAAGAGAAGCAGGUUAACAGGAAGAUCGCCGCUCUGGCCAAGGCCCGCCACUUGAGAAUCAACCCGGUGAAGAAAGUCGUCGUCAGAGACUACGUCGAGAUGAAAAAGGCGCUCCCACAUCCUACGGGUCCCGACGAAAAAAUGGAGAAAGACACCAAGAAGGAGAAGAAAUGA